UUGUUUACUUCAUUUUCAUUUUCACGCUCCUGCAGCGUGGUCAGGUGUGCAGAAUUUAACUUGUUAUAUCAUUUUCGUUGGAAUUUCUGUGCCAAGAUGAAGGUGCAUAGCGCCGAAAAUUGCUAUAUUUCGUGCGGCUGCAACCGCAGUCCACACUGUCUUGCCUGGGGCCUCCAGAAUUUGGUAUUUUACGGCUCAAGCAAUUCAAUUGCCAUCUACAACCACGAAAAGCUGCGAGUUAUUCACACAGCUUUAAGCCACACCAAUGAAGUCCGAAGUGUCCGAUGCAUUGCCACGAGCCAAGGGACCUUUCUGCUCUCAACCUCAAGUGACAAACUGGCCGUGGUUUGGACAGAUGACUCCCAGCUUGGACUCCGACCCGUGGCCAUUCUCAAAGGUCAUACAGGGCCAGUCACCGUAUCUCACGCCAUUGAAAAGGACGGCCACCUGUUAGUGGCCACAACAUCUACAGACCUUUCUGUUAAAAUCUGGACUGUGCCUUUAUCUAUCACAGCGCAGAAUUCAGACCCUAUUGACACAGAAUGCAUCCAAACCUUAAAAGCUGGCUCUGGUUUUUGCCUCGACGUCCACCUCUGCUUCUUGCCCGGCGGGAGAAAAAAUUUAAUCUUGGCUUGUGCCCAGGACGACUUCAAGGUUGGUCUGUUUUCGUUUGAAAAUGGCCAGUUUAUCAAGAAGGAUAGUUUGGUAGGUCACGAGGAUUGGAUCACUUGUCUCGACUCGGUUUCGACAGAAAACGGAGACCUUUUUAUUUGCAGUGGAUCGCAAGACACUUUUGUCCGCAUUUGGAAAAUCUCUUUGUGCACUCGCUUGCCUAAAAAGCUCACAGAACUGGCGCCUGAUGAGGAAAUCCAAGUGGAGGAAAGGAUUUUUGCCGUUGAAGAUAAAAAAUAUUCCCAAAGUCUCGAAAGUAUCCUCACUUGUCACAACUCGUGGGUGCAGUCUGUCUCUUGGAGUUGUAAAAAGUCUCCAGAUAAUUUUGGUUAUGAAAUCUUGAGCUCCUCUACGGACGGAACUAUCUGUGUUUGGUCAAAAAGCUCAGAUGUUGAUUUGUGGACGCCAACCCGCCUUGGAAUUUUGAAGGAAGAUUCUUUAGGAAUUCUAGGUUGUGUUUGGGAUCCAAGUGGCAACUCCAUUUUGGCCCACAGUCUGCAUGGUGCAUUGCAUAUUUGGGUCAAGGUGGACAGUUCUUGGAAAAAUUCUUACACUGUCGGCGGAGGUCAUUUUGGGGAGGUAUCUGAUUUGUGUUGGGAACCGGACGGCAAGUUCUUUUAUUCCUGCAGUGCAGAUCAAACCUCAAGGAUUCAUGCUCAGUUGAAAAAUCAAAGUGAUGAGGUUUGGUUCGAACUCGGAAGACCUCAAGUCCACGGAUACGACGUGAAUUGCAUAACCUCAAUAUCGAGAAGCGUUUUUGCAUCGGGUGCUGAUGAGAAAGUUAUCAGAAUAUUCAAAACGUCCAAACAAUUUCUCUCCUGCCUCAAAACCUUGUGUGGAGUUGAACUCAAAGUUAAAGGACAGAUUUCCAAUGUGGCAGCCCAGCAGGAGCUCAAUCUUUCCAAUUUGAGCGUCAGCGAUGCCUCGGAAUCAAGUCAAGCUCUUGUUUUUGAGGAUGUAGAAAAUGUCACAGUUCCAAUUCGAGAGGAAAUUUUAUGGAAAGCCACUCUGUGGCCCGAGGAAAGGAAACUUUAUGGCCAUGGAUUUGAACUACAUUGCAUAACUGCAAGUCACUCUGGAAAAUAUUUGGCGUCGGCUUGUCGCGCCAAGCUUAAGGACCAUGCUUUCAUUAUUAUAUGGGACACUGAUACCUGGAGAGAAGUUCAAAAACUGUUCUACCAUGACCUUACUGUGACUCAACUUGAAUUCUCCCCAGACGACUCUCACUUGUUAGCAGUCUCAAGGGACAGAUGUUUGAGUGUUUAUAAAUUUACAAAUGAUGAAACUGCUCCCUUCAACCUGGAGUUUUCAACAGACAAAAAGAAUUCUGUGCACACAAGAGUGAUUUGGUCAUGCAGCUGGUCUAUAGAUAGUAAUUUUUUCGUCACUGGCUCUCGAGAAGGACGAGUUGUUGUGUGGGAGCCUGCCAAUGAAUUCAAGCCCAUAGGCGACCAGCUGAAUUUGGACCAGGCAGUGACUUCAGUUGAUUUUUGGUCAAAUUCGUUUGGCUACAUUGUUGCUGUUGGCUGUGAAAAUGGAACGAUUACCAUUUUUGAGUGGAAGCCCUUUGGAGAUAAUUGGACGUGCCUCUGCAGUUUGAGCCAAUCAGCUGGGCAUCACAAAGCAGUUCGCCGCUUGGCGUUUCAGCCAAAAGAGUGCUCUUCUGAAAAUGUUCUGCGUCUCGCAUCUUGUUCAAGUGACCAUUCUGUCAAACUAUUCAAUAUUGGGUUUUCACAACAAUAAAUAAAACAAUAUGUUGUUUGAGUGUAGCACAAAUGUUUACUAUUUUACUUUCUGUAUCCAAAAAGAUUCAUAGAAAACGGAAAUCUACAUUUUUGCAUGUACAAAAUUGGACCUCAAGACAUUCAACCAGUUGCACUGAGUAUCAGUCGUAUGGGUCGGCUGCAUUAACAACAUUCCAAAUCCUUUCUUUUUCAAAGAGUUUCAAAAUUGGCAUUUUCCAUGA